UUUGAAGACUGUCAAAAGCAAUUGGAAGACGAUUCAAAGUGUACGUGGCAAGAGUGGAUUCAAUUGGGAUGACAAGUUGAAGAUGGUCAUAGCUGGGAAAAAUGAAUUUGAUCAAUAUGUGACGGUUCAUCCUACUCAUGAAAAAUAUCUAAACAAGAUGAUUGAUAUGUAUGAGGAGAUGGCACUAGUGGUUGGGAGAGAUAUGGCCACCGGAAGCUUUGCUAAGCAGUUCAAAGAUAUUGAUGUAACAGAAGUUGACUCCUCUCCUGUUGAUUUAGGCGAUGAUUUCGAUGAGUUGAUGAAGGGGUCAAAAACAUCUUCAUCUACCGUGCCUUCGGAAAAGAGAUCUCACAAAAGACGAAGAUGUUCCGACAUGGAUGAUAAGUAUGCUACACUCUCAACACAAAUUGGAGAGAUGGCAUCGGCAAUGAAGUCAUUAAAUCAAACCGCUGCCCAAUACCAUAAAAUCUCCAAUGAGGUGAUGAAAGCUGAAUACUCUAAACUCUACAAUGAGGUGAUGAAAGUGGAUGGACAUGAUGAACUUACCCUUGGAUCGGUAUUUGACUAUCUAGUAGAUAAUGAAAAAAUUGCAAAUGCAUUCAUGGUGAAAAAUGCGAAUCUUCAGAAAGCGUGGAUUGACAAAUUUGUAAGCAAUGGAGGACACAAGUAGCGAUAUGUUUUAUUUAGUUUUGUUGCCAAAAGACACACUUGUUCUUUCUUUUUAUUUUGUUGUUAUCAGUACUUUGAGGAUUAAACUAGUACAUGUUGUUGGUAUGGAAGGCCUU